AUGCUUAAAUGCAAUCCAUUGACUUACUGUUUCUUGAAGCAUAAUUCAAUCGUUCCUAGUACAGUUGGUUGCCUGCUUCAAAGACGAAGAAUAAAAGCAUUUUCCCAUUUGUAUAACAUAAAUACCAGUUAUAGCUUAAAAAUUCCUUUGUUAAGGACCUGUCUCAAUUUCAACGGAAUUUUCUAUAUUAUUCAGUCGGACAAUGAAAUGUCUGACGUUAAUCAUAACAAUAUGGGUCCAGUUCGUCCUGCUGACGAAGAAGGAAAAGCGGUUUUCCAUGAAGUGAAAGAAGAAGUUAUUAAAAAGCUUCACGAGCUUAACCAUUUAGAUAAUGUUCAUGGUCUUCAUGAAAUGGAUGAUUUAAAGCGAAUUGAAUGCUAUAUUCUAGUCGAAUAUGCUACCGAAGAUGUCGCUUAUGGUAUCAAUUAUUUCGGAAAAAUUCAUUUAGGCAAUGAGAAAUAUAUCCAUGUUCGAGCCCAUAAAUCAAAUGAUGGAGAUGUUGACUUUUAUUCUAUAUUGACUGAUGGAACUGCUAUUUGGUCCCGAGACGAGCCUUUAAAAUAUUUCAUUGAUUAAAAUUCAUAUGAUAUAAUUUUGUUAUUACCCAUUAUUGUAGCUCUUAUAAUUAAAUAAUGAGUGUGUCAUAAGUUAUCUUUAUUUAUGAAUAAAAAAAAAAAGCAAAUACUUAAACCAUGUA